AUGAAUUCUAUUGAAAUUAUUACAGUUUUAGUUGUUAUCUUCAAAUUUUUAAUUUAAUAUGUUUAUGUCCAUAACAUUUUGUAUUUUAUAUUCACUAAAAAUUCUCCUAUUUAGCAAAUUAAUGUUUUUCCAGUUUCUAUAAGAAUCAGAAUCAUGAUCAGCCAUGAAUAAACCAGGUGAAAUCCAAAGUUAGGAAAUUCAGAAAUAAAUUGGAUAAUAAAGAUUUGAGACUUUCGAGGGGUAGAAAAAGUCCCAUGAAUUCAAAGCUUCAUGAAGCCUGUGUAGAUGGUAAAUUGGAGAAAGUGGAAUCUCUCUUGUUAAAAAGUGACAUAAAUAUGAAAGAUGAAAAUGAUAGAACGCCAAUACAUAUCGCAUGUUUAAAUGGGCAUUUGGACAUACUAAAAGCGAUUCUGCAAUACUGCCCUAACCUAGAUUUUAGAGAUAAAUUUGGGAUGACUCCAUUGAUUAUAUGCAUAGCUUAUAAUCACCCCGAUUUGGCUUACUAUUUGCUCGAAUCAGGGGCUAACGCUUUAGUAACCGAUGACACAGGUUCAACCGCUUUACAUUACGCUCUAAAGAAUUCUUUUGAGGAUGCUACAAAAAUUUUGGUUGGAUAUUCAGACAAUUUAAACAUCAAGGAUAAAGAAGGUAUAGCACCUUUACAUGUUGCGGUUGCUAACAAAGAUAAAAUAGCAACACAACUUUUAUUAGAAAAUGGAGCUGAUCCAAACGUGAGAGAUAGUGAACUCAAAACUCCGUUGAUGCUGAGUUCUAUUUUUGGGCAGGAUGAGCUAGUGAACUUGCUAAAUAAUUACAAUGCUGACCCAAAUUUGCGAAGCGAUGCCGGAAAGAAUGCCUACGAAUACGCUAUUCAAUUUAAUAACAUUUCUUGUGCGGAAAUCCUCCAAACGGUAACAAGGAGAACAUCAAGCCCGACGACAAAACCGACAAUAAUUAAUCAGCCAAAAAUUCAAGAGAAAUUCAAUAAUGAUACUUCAACUAAUUCCAAUGAUGAUUUGGAGAAAGCUUUACCAUGUUUCAAUAGAUCACAAGAUUUCAAAUUUACAGCACCUGUAAAACGUAUAACCAAAAUAGGGAAAAAUAUCAAGGAUAUUUGGGAUGAUAGCAGCGAUGAUUUAGGAGAACCAUUUAUUGAUGAUGACCUGAAAUAUUCUUUAGAGAAAUAUAAAAGGAAAAAUUCGCGUUUGAGUAUCCCCCCUCCGAUUAUUCCAUCAAAGGAAAAAAUAUUAGCCCACGCCAAUGACGAUAUUGACGAGGAGUACAUUUGGAGUGACAUCGAGGAGAACAAUAAGGAGUCGCUUCCUCAUAUCUACGAAAACUUUACUGUGUAUAAGGGUUGGAAAGAUAAUGAGGACAAUUUUAAAUCUGUACACGAUAUUAACAUCGUAUCACCUUUAAAGGAUAAAAAUGUGAUUUCGGAUGAAGAAGAGGAUAAGUUAUCCCAAGAUUUUUUCGAUAAAAUCUUUUCAGAAAGCAAAUUAUCAAAUGAAAAAAGGGAUACUCCUAGAUUGAAAAACCAAAAAUCCGAUAUUCUGAGCAGCACAACGACAGAGGGUACGAAUCGCCGAUUAAGCAAAAACCCAUUUAUUAGUGGUGACUUGUUUGAUACAAAUUGCACAAGCGUAGACUCAAUAUUAGAAGAUAAAAUUAGCAAAAAUGGGGACAGUAAAAAAGUAAAUUCCAAAAACGUAGUCGAUAAAAAUUUAUAUCGUUCUAAAAUUUCUGAAACUUCCAUUGAUAGCGUGCUUGAUUUAAUUGAACAGAAAAAUGAAAUACCACCUUUGGAAUUUGAUAAAGUUAUCUCCCCAAAAGAUAUAUUUCCAAAUUUACAUAUAUUUAAUGGAGAUAAAGAGUUAUUGGUAGAAAACCCUGAUAGAUUAAUAGAGAAAACUUUAAUACCUGGUAUAGUAAAAGUUAGUAAUGAAUCAAAUAUUAAAUCAGCAUCCACAAAUGUUGAAGAUCCGAUCACUGUUAAGGCUGAAAAUAGUUAUUCCAAGAAUAAUGUAUAUGCUAAUGCCUUUUCGGAAAAUGACUUAGAUAUGAUUAAACCCUCGCUAGUGUUAAGCCCUCAAAAGAAAUUAAAUUCAGAGAAUAAUAUGUCUCAUAAAACAACGUUUAAAAAUUCAAGAAUCUCAGGACCUAACGAAUUUCCGCCUUACGUUUAUUAUGAAAACCGUUUUGGGAAUUCUUGCAAUAAAAUAAGAAAUAACUACUAUUUUGAUGAAGUUUUAAAUGGUAAAAAUGUAUUCACUCCUUUUGCGAGUGACCCAGAUAUGUUAAUUGAGAGAAACUUAGGCUCUUCUAUGUUAUUUGCUAAUGAUCAAACCAUAAAUUUGAAUACAGAUGGGAAAUUAGCAAUGCUAAAUGAAAAGAGGUAUGAUAGAUAUCAAGGUGAUAAUUUAUUCGAUACCUCGGGGGAAAAUAUUAGAAGCACCAUUAUUACUAAUCGUCAAAUAACCGAUAAUGUACAGUCUUUUAACGAUGACCUGCAAAAAAUAAUGUUUCAAAACGAUAAUUUUACUCGAAAACUAGAAAAAUUAAUCAAUAAUCUCUCAUUAAAUCCUUCAUCAACUGAUAAAAAGGAAUCACCAGAUCUGAUCUUUAUAAAAACUAAACUAGAGGACAUAAUUAGCCGUCAACAAACUUCAUAUAAUUUAUUAGAUAAUCUUCAACACCCAGAACACUCUAAUUACAAAAGGCUUUUAGAUCUUACAGAAAAUUUAAGAGGUAUAGAAGAUGCUGUAUGUAAUCUAAAGGACUCGUUUGGGGAUCAGUUAAAGAAAAAAACUGAUUUGAUACUAAAACGAAUAAAGAAUGUCGGGGAUAUUAAAAACGAAGACCAUUUGAGAGAAGUUUUGGACGAAUUUAUGAAAACUCAAAAAGAAUUAAAAUCUGACCAUGAUGUGAUGUUAGAUCAAAUUGCUAAAUUAAAGGAUGAUUUGGAAGAAACUAAAGAAAAAACUAAAGCCAAUAUACUCACAAAUACUAAAAAUGAACUCCGAAAUCACACUUUCAAUGAAGUUUCAAAACAUGAUACGAAUUAUAAAAUGAUCGAAGAAUUAUAUUCCCAAAAUACGUCCCUGAGGAUUAAAUAUAUGGAACAAAUCAAGGAAAAUCUAUCUAACAAUAACGAGAAUCACCUUGUACAAAACAAGAUUAGUGAUCUGUUCGAUAAAGUUAACUUUCUAAAAUCUAUCUUAACACAAUUAAUUGAAGACAUUAGGGCUCAUGAAAAAUAUGUCCUUCCCCGCAAGAUUAAUAAUGCAGUGCUAGGAAAAACAUUAUUCCAUAUUCAUCAAAUCAAGUCAAAACUUUUAAAUGUGUUAAAAGAAAUGGAGAAAACGCCUCAAAUUUUGGAUAUAGUAGAGGCGGGUGCUAAGUUCAAGAACGCAUCAUACAGUGAUAGACCCUCAGACAUGGAAUUUGAUAAAGGCACAUCAUAUGAAUUAAAUCUGAUUUAUCAUAUCAUUCGCCGAAUCACAUUGAUGAUAAAAUAUAUUAAACAUGAUAAUGAUAAAGAAGAUAUUGCUGUAGAUUUGACAAGUAUUCUCGAGGCAUCUAGAAAUGAAGUGAUAAAAUUAAAAAAAGAGAAAUCCGAAUUACUAAACGCUAACACAAAAUGGAUAAAUUCUUUGCGGGAAACCCAAGAAGAAUUGGAUAGACUCAAACAUGAUCAAAGUUUUUCUACGAUUGAAAACACAGUUAAAUUAGAAAUCAAUCAAAAACUAGGAGAAAUCAAUACCUUUCUUCAGAAGCAAUUUAUAGAAAAUAAAAAGAUCGAUGAAGCAAAUGCGAAAAAUAUGACAAAACUGAAAAAAUGUUGUGCCGCUAAAAUCAAAUAUUUGAAGGUCUCGAGAAUUUUGAAUUCAAUAAACACUUGUUAGCAGAAAGGGAGGUUUUAUACACCAAAAUCAGGAAUGCGAAAAAUGAUUUUUGAAUUCAAUUAUUACAUGGCAGACAAUUAUUUAUUAUAUGUUAUAACAUUUAUAUAAUUAUCUAUAUUAUGUUAUAUAAUUAAAUGACUCAUUUGUCCUUUCA